AUGCGUUACACGGUCCCUCUCAUGGCGGCGCUGGCUGCCUCGGCUACAGCUACUGCACCAAUUGGAGCCGGAAAGCGCGCGCAGAAGCUCUACACACUAGAGACCGCACCCGGUGAGACUGUCGAGGUUACUGAGGACGAGAAGUUUCAGAUGAUUGACGACCACAUUCACUUCUUCGACAUCACAGAGUGGAAGGACCACAGUGCCGCUCCCUCAGGUGCUCGUCUCGCCAGCACGACCAGCAAAUUCCCCGAGAAGCUCGCUCACCAAGCCAAUGUCAACAAGAUCGUCAAGAAGGUCAACGUCAAGAACAUUGAGAAGCAGCUCAAGAAGUUCUCCUCGUUCCACAACCGCUACUUCAACUCUGCCUUCGGAGUUGAAGCUGCUGAGUGGCUCCACAAGGAGAUCCAGAAGGCUAUCAAGAAGAGCAAGCAUCCUUAUGCCUCGGUCCGACUGGUCCAGCACCAGGCUUGGUCGCAGCCCUCGAUCAUUGUCUCGAUUCCUGGACAGGUUCGUCUUAAGACUGUUGUUACGGGUUCUCAUCUUGACUCCGUUAUUUCUAACGACCGUGGAGCUGGUCGUGCUCCUGGUGCCGAUGAUAAUGGUUCUGCAUCUAUCAUGCUCUUGAACCUCCUCUCUGCCUUCCUGGAGGAUCCCCGAAUCGCCAAGGGCGAUCAUCUCAACACUGUUGAGUUCCACUGGUACUCAGCUGAAGAGACUGGCCUCCUCGGAUCUCAGGACAUCUUCAACAACUACGCCCGACUCGGCAUACAAGUCGAGGCUAUGCUCAACCAGGAUAUGGUUGGCUACAAGGGCCGUGACGGAGUCGAGCGUUUCGGUCUCAUCACCGACAAUACCAGCCCUACACAAAAUGACUUCCUUAAGCUCCUUAUUGAGGAAUACGCGGAUAUCCCCUAUGAGGAGUCUACCUGCGGUUAUGCUUGCUCUGACCACGCCUCGGCUAAUCGCAACGGCUUCCCCUCGUCAUUCCUCUUCGAAACGCCUUUCGGAAACCACAACCCUUACAUCCACACUCCUAACGAUACUAUUGCACAUAUUGACUUUGGUCACGUCAUUCAACAUGCUAAGGUUACUGCUGGUUUUGUUUAUGAGCUUGCUCAUCGCAACUUUACUGCCUAA